AUGCCGCUGAAAAGAGAAGAUACUGAACGUGCUCUCCAGGUGAUGGAGGCCUGUCAGGCUGGAGCUGCUGAAGGGGUCAAAGGUCGAGCAGAGAAACUGCUCAACAUCUUCCAGAGUGACUUGUUCCAGGCUCUGCUGGACAUCCAGGAGUUCUACGAGCUGACGGUGUGUGAGAACCAGGCAACAGGGAGCCAACCACACACACCUGGACAGAAAUAUCGUUACCAAGACGAUGAGACUCCGCCUGUCGAUCCCAGCCCCGGUCACAUGAUCCACGGACGCAGCACUGAACUGAGCCACACACAUCUGGACGGAUACACACACCCUGCUGCACUCACCAUGAACGGAUCCGAGGGAGAACUGGAGUAUGAGGAGAUCACACUGGAGAGGGGGAACUCGGGUCUGGGCUUCAGCAUCGCAGGAGGAACCGAUAAUCCUCACAUCGGAGACGACCCUUCAAUCUUCAUCACCAAGAUCAUCCCCGGAGGAGCCGCCGCCCAGGACGGACGCCUGAGGGUUAACGACAGCAUCGUAUUCGUUAACGACGUGGACGUGCGUGAGGUCACUCACUCCAUCGCCGUGGAGGCCCUGAAGGAGGCGGGGCCUGUCGUCAGGCUGUAUGUCUUAAGGCGACGCCCACCAAGUGAACGCAUCAAUCAGAUCAAACUGAUGAAAGGACCGAAAGGUCUCGGGUUCAGCAUCGCGGGGGGGGCGGGGAACCAGCACGUCCCUGGAGACAACAGCAUCUACGUCACCAAGAUCAUCGAGGGGGGGGCGGCCCACCGAGACGGACGGCUACAGAUCGGGGACAAAAUACUGGCUGUGAACCACGUGUCUCUAGAGGAUGUCCUGCAUGAAGACGCCGUGUCGGCCCUGAAGAACACAGGGGAGGUGGUCUACCUGAAGGUGGCCACGCCCACCUCGCAAUACAUCCACCCGUCCGAUCGCUACAGCCCCCCCGACCUGACCAGCUCCUACAUGGAGCCAGACUACAUGUGUGAUUACCCACAAGCCCUCCCUCCUCCAUCGCCACGGCGAUACUCCCCCGUCCCCCGGGGCAUGAUGGGAGAGGACGACUACUCACGGGAGCCUCGCAGGGUUUGUGUUCAGCGCGGCUCCACCGGGCUGGGCUUCAACAUCGUCGGUGGAGAGGACGGAGAAGGAAUCUUCAUCUCCUUCAUCCUUGCAGGAGGACCAGCAGACCUGAGUGGAGAGCUCCGGAAAGGAGACCAGAUCCUCAGUGUGAACGGCGUGGACCUCAGGUACGCCACGCAUGAGCAGGCGGCGGCCGCUCUGAAGAACGCAGGACAGACGGUUACCAUAGUAGCACAGUACAGACCCGAGGAGUACAGUCGCUUCGAGGCGAAGAUCCACGACCUGAGGGAGCAGAUGAUGAACAGCUCGUCCGGGAGUCUGAGGGCCAACCGCAGCUUCUACAUCAGGGCCUUGUUUGACUACGACAAGCAGUGGGACUGCGGCGUCCUAUCACAAGCUCUGGACUUCAACUUUGGGGAGGUCCUUCAUGUGAUGGACAGCGCAGACGACGAGUGGUGGCAGGCGAGGAGAGUCAGCCAGCAGGGGGAGCUAGAGGAGCUGGGCUACGUCCCGUCCAAGCACCGGGUUGAGAGGAAGGAGUGGUCGAGGAUGAAGAGUAAAGGUAGAGAAGGGUUCGUUCACAGCUACGAGCUCAUCACUCAAAUUGAAGUGGACUACGCUCGUCCCGUCAUCAUCCUGGGGCCGACCAAAGACAGAGUCAACGACGACCUGCUGUCCGAGUUCCCCGACAAGUUCGGCUCCUGUGUCCCUCACACAACUCGCCCUCAGAGGGACUACGAGGUCGACGGGCGGGACUACCACUUUGUGUCGUCACGGGAACAGAUGGAGCGGGACAUCCAAUCACAUCGCUUCAUCGAGGCGGGGCAGUACAAUAACCACCUGUACGGGACGUCGGUGCAGAGCGUCAGACAGGUGGCCGAGCAGGGGAAACACUGCAUCCUCGACGUGUCGGCCAACGCCGUCAGGAGGCUGCAGGCGGCUCAGCUCCACCCGGUCGCCAUCUUCAUCCGGCCGCGGUCCCUGGAGAACAUCCUGGAUCUGAACAAGCGUCUGUCGGAGGACCAGGCGAGGAAAGCUUUGGAACGAGCCGUGAAACUGGAACAAGACUUCCUCGAGUGUUUCACAGCCAUUGUGCACGGCGACAGCUUCGAGGAGGUCUACCACCUGGUCAAGGCCGUCAUCGAGGAGCAGAGCGGCCCCUACAUCUGGGUCCCCGCCCGCGACAGACUCUGA